AUGAAUAAAUUAAGAAUAGGAUUAUUAAAGUGUGAUAGAUUUAUACCAGAGAUUAGAUCAAAAUAUGGAGAUAUAGAUGUACAAUUUAGAAAUUUGUUGUCACUCAAUACAAUCAAUCCAAAUUGGGAAUUGAAUGUAUUUGAAUGUAAAGAAGAGAAUCAAUUCCCAAGUCACUCUGAUAUAGUAGAUAAACAAUUGUACAGUGGUUUCAUCAUUUCUGGUAGUAGAUCAUCUGUCAAUGAUGAUAAUGAUUGGACUAAUCGUUUAAAAGAUACAAUUAAACUAUUACAUCAAAAGUCUAUUAAUACUGUUGGAGUAUGUUAUGGUCAUCAAGCAAUAUCAUCAGUAUUGGGAGGAAAGAUAAGUGAUAAUCCAAAAGGAUGGAGUGUAUCACAACAUGCUAUCAAUAUAGACAAAGAUGUACUAAAGCCAUAUGAUAACUCUGUAUUUAAACCAUUUGGAGGAUUAGAUUCAAUUGGUAGAAAUUUGGAUAUCAUUUGUUCAAACAAACAAUUGGUUAGUACGACACCUCUAGCGUUGAAAUGUUUUGCUCAUAGUGAUCAAUGUUCCAAUCAUGGUUCGAUAGGUGACAACUUUAUCACUUUUCAAGGUCACCCUGAAUAUACUGGUCCUCUCAUCAAGGAUAUUAUUCUAGGUAGAAGAGGUUUGAUUCCAGAUGAUGUCAUUGAGGCUGGUGUAGAAAUGGCUGAUCGCUCAAAUAUCGAUCGUGCUUGGUAUGCAAAUUUAAUCAUUUCUUUUAUUAUGAAUAAUAAUAAAACUUGGAUACUUAAUAUUGUUGCAAUGGCAACAAAUUGGUAUUAUGUUAAUGCUAGUACUUCAUAUGGAGGAGGUGGCUAUUCUUACAAGGUUAAAUAUUAUUUCAAGUUUAAUUCUUUUAAAGAAUCAAUGGCGGCUGGUCAACUUGGAAGAGCAUCAUUUGCUUUUUGUGUUUUAACCUUUAUCACUUUGAUUGUAGAGAUGAUGUUUAUUAUUCUCUCAAUGGUUAAUAUUCUAUCCAAGAUUCCGUUUGCCAACAAGGUACCAAAAUUCCUUCCAAUCAUUUCAGUCUUGUUUAGUUUCUUGUCAGUAUUGAUUUUUAUUGGAUAUCCAAAUGCAAUGUACAAGGAUUGUGAAAAAAUGAACUUUGGAUGUGACGAAUCAAAUUACAAGUUUGUAAACACUGGAAAUUAUCAAUCGUCACCUUAUGUUGGUUGGUGUUGCAUGCUUGUUAAUACGGUCAUUCUUAUCAUUGCAUCUGUUCUAUGUUUAGUACGUGUAGUGGUAUCUAAACCAAAAGUGAAAAAGGUUCCCAUUGCAAUUGAACAACCAAAAAAGAAAUCAAUCACCAAAUCACAAGUCGUUCAGACUAUGAUAACUAACAAAGACAACAAAGAUGACAACAUCAUCAUCAACAAAGACAAAGAAAACAAAUCACCAACAAUGAUUAUGAUUCAAAACAAUUCCAAUAAUGGUCAAUUAUGCAAAACUACAGUUUCCAACAGACCUAAAUUUUGGAUACUUGGAUCACCCGUUAAAUCUUAUACUCUCUCUAAAUAA